AUGUUGGUCUUCCGUCGUGCCUUUGAGACGCCCAGCAUCUCCUCCUUCGAGGACUUCGUGGACAACGUCACCCACACACGCCUGGCGGCGCCGUUUUACAUUGUGGCUGCUGGAUCGAAGCCCAAGCAGGGCGUGGCCAUCGCCCGAAACCUCACCACUUCGGAGAAGACUGAUUGGUUCCCUUCGGAUGACUUCUACCUUUGCCAAUGCAACACAGACAGGUGGCGCCCCGACGACCCAGAGGACCCCCGGCGCACGGCGGCGGAAGCCUUGCUGGGGCGUUUGGGGAGGGAGGAAGCCACGGCCAUGGGUCUGUUCGCGGUAGUUUCAGCCUAUCCUGUGCACAAUCCACACACGGCCUAUACCGCGGUGAUGUCAGCAGCAACAGGUGAGCUUCAUGCAUAUGUGCGCGAAGCAAGCUGCCCUGUGGACCCCUAUGCCAGUGUCGUUCUAGACAGGCGGUACUGCUUGAAGAAGGAUCCUGGUGUGCUCAUCAGCAUCUGA